AUGGAAGUUUACAAAUACCCCGUUUUCUUCGAGGCUCACAGUCUGGAUUCAGCACAGAAAGAGAAGAUAGAAAAGUACUUUCAGGUUCGCCGUAAAUCUGGUGGCGGAGACUGCGGACCAAUAAACAAAGUUGGUGACAACGUUUACAAGAUCGCAUUUAUUGACGGGGCAGGUAUGGACAUUUAGAGAUUUUUAUUUGAGCUGUACUUGAAACUAAAGGUGAAACGUAAAAAAGUAUCUUGAAAUGUUUUCCUUUGUAAUUCUGGAACAGUUUCACUUUCACAUUUAAAUUGUGCUACAUGCACAAACACAACAUACCCUGCUCACCCCUCCCCGGUUAUCUCUGUCAUAACAAACCUAUUGAAGUUAAAGGGAUAGUUCACCCAAAUUACACAAUUACUAAUUGGUUUCUCUACCCUGUAAGCAGUCUAUGGACAAGGUAUUACUGCAUUCCAUGCUUUGGUUUAGUUUCCCAGGCACUGUUUCCACAAUGUUUUAGCAUUUGUGGCACAAAUCCCAUUCAAGUCAUUGGACCGAAAUUAGCCUCUUUUUUUGCAUAAUGUUCAAAACAUCUAUAAGUUACUUUGUUUAGCUUCAAAAUCAAUUUUAGAUACUGGGAUGAUUUGGACAUGAUGCGUGACAAAUGCUAUUAUUGGUCCCAUGACUUGAAUGGGAUUUGUGCCAUACAUGUGAUCCUUUGAACAUAUUGACAUUUUUUGGAUUUUUCAAGCAACUAGUUACUGACAUAAAACACACCAUUUACGUUAAUGUCUGUGUUAAUAUGGAGGCAUGAAAAAUAAUGUAUAUUUUGUAUAAUAGUGGUGUGCAGCUAAGCUGAAAAUGUGGACUCAAUAGUGCACUUUCUGAUAAAAGCACCAAAUUUGGCACAGAGGUAGAUGUACAGUAUGUACCCUGAAAAUAUAUAGAUAUUGACCCACCCCAGAUUUGGCCCCUGGGGGGCGUGGCAGCGUCACUCAAAAAUAACAAAAUAAAUGUAUACAUAUUUAGAUUCGAGUCCAUUUCUCUGUACCAAGUUCAGAGUUUCAUAUUUCAGAUACAAUUGGAACUGAGUUAGAGUUAAACCAUCUUAGGUUGUACCGGUACUUCAUAUUAGCUCAAUUACCAUUUACUUAGCCUCUGAGUUAGGGUUGUUAAUUUUAUUACCACUACUACGAUAACAACAACAACAACAACUCAUUCCUCUUUAAUUCUUCCAGUCCAGAAGAGGGUACUUCAGAAACCUAAUCAUGUUUUGGAGAUGCCUGGGGGAUCUCUUUCCCUCACUCUGAGAGGCAGCCUGGAGCCUCCACCCACAACAACCUCCCCAGUCAGCAGUCAGUCGGUGAGUCCAGGAUAUGCAGACAGACCUAUACAUAACCUGUCACAUAACCUGUUAGAUAAGGCAUUUAUUUCCCAUAAUAUGAGGUCAAAAUAUACAGACGUCAAUGCACUGUUGUUGUAUUUGCAUCCCAUUAAACACAAAGCUUAGUCAGGUAAUAACUUUAUUAUCCCUUCAAAUGAGGUCAAAAUAGUCUUCACUGUUUUAUUGCAUGUUUGAUUUUAUGUGAUAUUAUAAUAAGUAAAACAUUAAUUUACAAUAUGAGGAAUGACAUUAAAAUAAAUUCUAACUAAAGAAAUCUGUACUAAACUAACAAAAUGGACAAAUGCCAAACCAGAUACUAGAUUUAUCAGAUAAUCCAGAUGCAGAUGCAUGGUCGACCUACAAUAAUAAAUGAAUAAUAAAUGUAGAUAAAGACAGAUAUAGAGGGGGGAUAAAAAGUAUUUAGUCAGCCACCAAUUGUGCAAGUUCUCCCACUUAAAAAGAUGAGAGAGGCCUGUAAUUUUCAUCAUGGGUACACGUCAACUAUGACAGACAAAAUGAGAUUUUUUUUCUCCAGAUAAUCACAUUGUAGGAUUUUUAAUUAAUUUAUUUGCAAAUUAUGGUGGAAAAUAAGUAUUUGGUCAAUAACAAAAGUUUGUCAAUACUUUGUUAUAUACCCUUUGUUGGCAAUGACACAGGUCAAACAUUUUCUGUAAGUCUUCACAAGGUUUUCACACACUGUUGCUGGUAUUUUGGCCCAUUCCUCCAUGCAGAUCUCCUCUAGAGCAGUGAUGUUUUGGGGCUGUCGCUGGGCAACACGGACUUUCAACUCCCUCCAAAGAUUUUCUAUGGGGUUGAGAUCUGGAGACUGGCUAGGCCACUCCAGGACCCUGAAAUGCUUCUUACGAAGCCACUCCUUCGUUGCGCGGGCGGUGUGUUUGGGAUCAUUGUCAUGCUGAAAGACCCAGCCACGUUUCAUCUUCAAUGCUCUUGCUGAUGGAAGGAGGUUUUCACUCAAAAUCUCACGAUACAUGGCCCCAUUCAUUCUUUCCUUUACACGGAUCAGUCGUCCUGGUCCCUUUGCAGAAAAACAGCCCCAAAGCAUGAUGUAUCCACCCCCAUGCUUCACAGUAGGUAUGGUGUUCAUUGGAUGCAACUCAGCAUUCUUUGUCCUCCAAACACGACGAGUUUAGUUUUUACCAAAAAGUUCUAUUUUGGUUUCAUCUGACCAUAUGACAUUCUCCCAAUCCUCUUCUGGAUCAUCCAAAUGCACUUCAGACGGGCCUGGACAUGUACUGGCUUAAGCAGGGGGACACGUCUGCACUGCAGGAUUUGAGUCCCUGGCGGUGUAGUGUGUUACUGAUGGUAGGCUUUGUUACUUUGGUCCCAGAUCUCUGCAGGUCAUUCACUAGGUCCCCCAGUGUGGUUCUGGGAUUUUUGCUCACCAUUCUUGUGAUCAUUUUGACCCCACGGGGUGAGAUCUUGCGUGGAGCCCCAGAUCGAGGGAGAUUAUCAGUGGUCUUGUAUGUCUUCCAUUUCCUAAUAAUUGCUCCCACAGUUGAUUUCUUCAAACCAAGCUGCUUACCAAUUGCAGAUUCAGUCUUCCCAGCCUGGUGCAGGUCUACAAUUUUGUUUCUGGUGUCCUUUGACAGCUCUUUGGUCUUGGCCAUAGUGGAGUUUGGAUUGUGACUGUUUGAGGUUGUGGACAGGUGUCUUUUAUACUGAUAACAAGUUCAAACAGGUGCCAUUAAUACAGGUAACGAGUGGAGGACAGAGGAGCCUCUUAAAGAAUAAGUUACAGGUCUGUGAGAGCCAGAAAUCUUGCUUGUUUGUAGGUGACCAAAUACUUAUUUUCCACCAUAAUUUGCAAAUAAAUUCAUAAAAAAUCCUUCAAUGUGAUUUUCUGGAUUUUCUUUUUGUAAUUUUGUCUGUCAUAGUUGACGUGUACCUAUGAUGAAAAUUACAGGCCUCUCUCAUCUUUUUAAGUGGGAGAACAUGCACAAUUGGUGGCUGACUAAAUACUUUUUUCCCCCACUGUAAUACAACAUAACAUAACAUAACAUACUGGCCCCCCGUGUAGCUCAGUUGGUAGAGCAUGGCGCUUGCAACGCCAGGGUUGUGGGUUCGAUUCCCACGGGGGCCAGUAUGAAAAAUAAAUACAAAUAAAAUGUAUGCACUCACUAACUGUAAGUCGCUCUGGAUAAGGGUGUCUGCUAAAUGACUAAAAUGUAAAAAAUUAACAGUGGAAUUACACAUUUUUUUUCUGACUAGAGUCACCAGUCCCUCCCAUUCCACCCCUGCCUCCCAGUAGAGACUUCGCCACCUGGUGACCUAGAGCAUGAACUCCAUCUAGACUCCUACCUCCUGCGCUACCUGAAGGAGAGCCCUGGAGCUGGAAGAGACCUGCAGCAGCAGCUGUCCUCUUUGAGGUGCUCUGUCCAUCUCCACCCAGAGGACGGGAGGGCAGUGGUCAGAGGCUCAGGCCAAGCUGGGUCAUGUGGAGAUGGGGUUGGGGUGGGACCAUGGAAGGCACAGGUAGAGAGACUGUUCAAACAGCUCCAGGAGCAGUACAAAUGCCACUAUGAGGUAGACCCACGUAAGCUCCAGACUCUGCUGCAGAGCAGUACCCUGGGUUCGGAGGAUGUGAGAGUUUACUGUGAGGCAGGGGAAGGGUUUGCGGUGGUGGUUGGGGAGGAGGCCGAGGUCCAGGCCAAGAUGAAGGCGCUGGAGGCCAUCCAGGGUCAGGGUCUGAGCUCAGGGAAGCAGGAGAAGAUCAGCACCACCUGUCGUCUGGGACAGGCCAAGCUCCGUCUUCUAGGGGAAGUUAUAGAGAAGGAUCUAGGUGAGGCUGUUCCAGGGGUGAGGGUGACGCGCGGUGACUCAGCUCAGCUGGUGCUGGAGGGUUCAGCAAGUGAAGUCCGGACAGCCAGACAGUUAGUUAGAGAUAAGAUCUCUCUGGUGCUGCAGCGGGUGGUGCCUGAGGUGUCCCCCCACCUCCUGUCCUUCCUGAGGGAUGAGUAUGGGAGGCCUGGGAACAUGAGAAGUCUGCUGGGGUUGGGACGCCAAGUAGAAAUAGAGCUGGGGGACACAGAGCUCCAUCUGUUCUCCCUCUCCUCUGGUAAACUGGACCAGGCUGAGAAGUCUCUGCUGGGGGAGUUUGGGGAGGAGAAAGUCGAUGUGCCCAACUGUGCUGCCCUGCCAUCUGAACUGAAGUCCAAGCUUGAGAAGAAGGUCAAGGAGAUGAACCAGAGCAGACGCAGGGUGGUGACCAGGUAUGGUCCUGGGUGUAGAGUGCAGCUUCUGGGCCACAUGAAGCAGGUUCAGGAGCUGAGGAAGGAGAUCGGGACCUUUCUGAUAGACCAGUCCAGUGUGGAGGAGACAGUGUGUCUACCUUACCCGGAGAUAGCUGACCACCUACCAAAACUUCUGGAGAGGAUCGGUGUGGACCACGCUGGGGUGACCCUCUACCCCUCAGCCUCAGCCAUCCACCCCACUGUGGUGCUCUGUGGACCCUCUGUCCGGGUGGCCCAAGUCAGGGACAGGUUGGGCCCUGCUCUGGCCUCCUUGGUCCACCAGACUGUGACCAUAGACCAGCCGGGGGCGCUACGCUACUUCCAAGGCCUGGGAAGGGAGUACCUGGAAGUGGUGGGCCGCUCUCAACACUGCGUCAUCCAGCUGCACAACCAGGGUGGCAUUGCCGGCGAAGCUGGCGCCGGACCAAGACUGGAGGAGAUGGUCACAGCCACUAGCUAUUGCCUCCAGCGGGGGCUGCAGGUUGUGGUGCGUCAAGGUGACAUCACCAAGGAACGGGCGGACGCGCUGGUGAACGCAGCCAAUGAGGACCUGGAUCACGCCGGUGGCGUGGCUGCAGCUCUGAGCCGGGCGGGGGGGCCUGAGGUACAGCGGGCCAGCAGAGAUCUGGUUAGGCAAAUAGGGAGAGUACCCACAGGUACAGUGGUAGAGACUACAGGAGGGAAUCUGCCUUGUAAGAUGCUGCUGCAUGCGGUGGGACCAGUAGGUGGCAGCAUAGGUGGGAAUGAGCGCCCUCUGCUGGAGAAGACAGUAAAGGCAGCCCUGGAUCUGGCAGAGACCCUGGAGCUUCAGACCCUGGCCAUGCCCUGCAUCAGCUCAGGGAUAUUUGGCGUUCCUCUGAAGGUGUGCUCUGAGGCCAUAGUCUCUGCAGUGAGGGACUUUGGGAGGGAACAGCACAUCCUUACCAAGGUCACUCUGAUUGAUGUGAGUGGAGAGGCAGUGAAAGCCAUGCAGGAGGCCUGUGAUAGGCUGUUUCAGGGGAAGAGGGAGUUUUCUGGGUGGGAGGGAGAGUCCAGCACCACCACCACUACCACUACACAUGCUCCUCAGAGAGACACCACUUCUGCCUCCGCAAGGGGAGCAGCGGCUCCAGAGGUCUGUGUCCAGGUGGAGAUCAUCCAGGGAACCAUAGAGAAGCAGAAGGUGAGAGAGAGACACUGACAUGGCCACAUUCUUGAUUCAACAACAUUCUGUGAAUUAUGUUGACUUCAUACUGACUCAAUGUUCCCAUUCUCUUUUACACUUUCUCUUCCUUUUUCUGUUACCCUUUUUCUUUAUUUCUUUAUCUCUUUCUUUCCUCUUAUUUGUCUCUCUGUCUGUCUCUCUGAAGGUGGAUGCCCUGGUGUCCCCCAUGGUUGGUAGUGACCCUCUCUCCUCCCGUGUUGGUAAUGUCUUGUCGAAGGCAGCUGGACCGGGGCUGAUGAAAGCAUUUCUGAGGGAAUCAAGGGGACAGACUGCACCUGGUGACUACGUCCUGGUGGACGGAUUGUCUGGUCUCAGCUCUGGCCGUGUCUUCUUCCUCAGCUGUGCACACUGGGACAACAACUCCCAAGGACCAGCAGUACAGGUGUGUCCCCUUGUAUGUGUCCGUGUGUGUGUGUCUUCACAUGGCAGUUAUGACCUUUGAACCUCCAUUAACCCCUGACCUCUGGUCCUCUCUCAGGCUCUGAGGCAGGGUGUGAGGAGAGUUCUAGCCUCUUGUGAGAACCAGGGCUUCUGUUCCGUUGCCUUCCCUGUAGUUGGAACUGGUGCGGUUCUCAUGUUCCCUCACAACGUGGCAACACAGGUUCUGCUAGAAGAGAUACGUGGGUAUGAACAGAAUCGAGCGAGCAGAAGUCCUUUCCUUGUCCGCAUCAUCAUCCAUCCCACUGACAGAUAUUCUACUAAGGUGAGAAGAGACUUUUAAAGAAGGGCGCUUCUCUUGACUUCAAUGGUUUCAUGCAAAAGAAAAACUCAAGUUACUGUUUAACACAGUUCAUUAGUGGUUGUCCUUGACCUGUGGUUGUAUUUUGUUUUUCCUUCCAGGCUUUCCAAACUUCCCAGAGUGCUUUGCAUGUCAGAUGGUUUGUAAUGGAUGCUUCUCCAGAUCAGAGUGAGUUAAGAAAACUAUUCAUGUCAUAUUUACUAUUUACCCCCCACUUAUACUUUAUUCAGUCUCUCUCUCUCUCUCUCUCUCUCUCUCUCUCUCUCUCUCUCUCUCUCUCUUCUCUCUCUCUCUCUCUUUCGCUCUCUCUCUCUCUCUCUCUCUCUCUCUCUCUCUCUCUCUCUCUCUCUCUCUCUCUCUCUCUCUCUCUCUCUCUCUCUCUCUCUCUUUCUUUCUCUCUCAAUUCAAUUUCAAUUCAAUUCAUUUCAAUUUAAGGGCUUUAUUGGCAUGGGAAACAUAUGUUAACAUUGCCAAAGCAAGUGAAGUAGAUAAUAAACAAAAGUGAAAUAAACAAUAAAAAUUUACAGUAAACGUUACACUCACAAAAGUUCCAAAAGAAUAAAGACAUUUCAAAUGUCAUAUUAUGUGCAAAUAGUUAAAGUACAAAAGGGAAAAUAAAUAUAAAUAUGUAUUGUAUUUACAAUGGUGUUUGUUCUUCACUGGUUGCCCUUUUCUUGUGGCAACAGGUCACACAUCUUGCUGCUGUGAUGGCACACUGUGGUCACCCAAUAGAUAUGUCAGUUUAUGAACAUUUGGAUUGUUUUCUAAUAUAUAUAUAUAUUUUUUUGUAUUUGUCUUUUUUUAAAUGUAUUUAUUAUUAGAAAUUUUUUUUUUUUGGGGGGGGGGGGGGUGGAUCAGCUUAAUAUUGCAGAUAGAUUGUAUCUUCUAUCAAUGUAAUUGUCUGCAUCACUUCCAAUCCUCCAUGUUUUUUAUAUAUAUACUCCCCUUUAUUACUUUUCAACCCCGCCAUCCUUUCCCUACUUGGAGUAAAUUAGUGAACAACAAUGCCCAGGCCUCUACGUCCGGUCUAUACUUACUAUACACCUUAUGGAUAUAUAUAUAUUUUUUUUUACUCCUGAACUUCUUCUACUCUCAACCUCUCCGAUCAUUUUCAUGAUGUCCAUCCGGUUUGCUUCUAUAUGCCAUAUCUUUAUAACUGUGCUCUUUCCCAAAAGCUCCCAACAUACAACCUAUAUACUUAUUAUGGACACAGUAUGCUUACAUUAUUAGCUAUCUUUGUUAUUAUUUGUUGUUAUUUGUUAUUAGUCCCAUCCUUCAACUCUAUUCAAUACCUCCCAUCUAUCUCUUAACACCAUCCAUAUAGGAUUUCUAUUUGCCAUAAAUAUUUCAACCGUACUGUGAUGUUUUACAAAAGUUCUGAACCUUUCUAUUCUCAUUGCUUCUACAGAUUGUGAAUUAAAAAUACUUUUUUUUGCUAAAAGUAUUAUUAUAUUAUUGAUCGAUUGACUAUGACGUUUCAUAUCACCCAGUAAUGCUAUCUGCAAGGUUAGCUCCAGGUAAAUAUUGCAAUUCUUUAGCCAUUCCUGGACCUGUGUCCAAAAACAAGCUACAAAUGGACAGAACCAAAAUAAAUGAUCUAAUGAUUCUGUCUCUUCACAGCAAAAUCUACAGAGCUGGGAAGAAUGUAUCCCCCAUAUAAAUAACAUUCUAUUGGUAGCAAGAAUUGUAUAUAAUAAUUUAAAUUGAAAGAUUCUAAUUUUUGAAUCCGGUGUCAUUUUGCGUGUCAGUUCAUAAACACUAUGUCAUGGGAUCGGUACGUCAAAGAUCUCUUCCCAACUAUUUUGCAAUCUAUAUGGGACGGCUGUCAAUCCUUUGGUCCUUAAGUGAAACUGAUAUACUUUUUUGAUUUAUCACAGUUUUCCUUAACCAAUUAUGUUCUUUAAUGCAAGGCCGACAGACAAGUUCCUUACUUUCUCCCCCUUCCACUUUCCUCUUCCACUUUUGCGGUAAGGCUGCAAUUAUUUGGUUGUAAUUUUGGGUAGAGCAGACAUUUCCAUAUGUUUUUGUUAGCUGCAUGUGCGACAUAACUCCACCAGUCCUACCGAUGAUAUCAUUUACGAAGAUUAUACCUUUUUUUAAACAUUCUGUCAAAAAAUAAAGUUUUUUUGUCAAUUAGUAUAUUUGAAUUUAACCACAAUAUUUGUUGCAUUAUUUGUUCUGUUGUUUCUGGAGGAUUCAAUUGAAAUUGCAACCAACUUUCUAUGGCUUGUUUUAGAAAUAGUGAUAUUUGGGAGAUGAUUUCCUUUUCAAAUAACUGCAAAUGAGUUGUUUUAAUCUGAAUAAUGGGAAAAAGGCCUUUCUUGAACAUUGGGUGAGACAAUCUUACUAAUUUGCAAGAGAACCAGUUCGGAUUUAAGUAUAACUUUUGUAUGACUGAAGCUUUUAGUGAUAGGUCUAAUGCUUUAAUAUUUAAUAAUUUCUGUCCUCCGAAUUCAUAUUCAUUAUAUAAAAAUGCCCUUUUAAUUUUGUCUGGCUUGCUGUUCCAAAUAAAAUUGAAUAUUAUUUUCUCAUAUAAUUUAAAAAACUGUUCGCUAGGCGUAGGCAAGACCAUAAGCAAAUAGGUAAACUGGGAUAAUACUAAAGAGUUACUCAGGGGGAUUUUUCCACAAAUUGACAGGUAUUUUCCUUUCCAUGGUAGUAAGAUCUUAUCUAUUUUUGCUAACUUUCUAUUAAAAUGUAUUGAAGUGAGAUCAUUUAUUUCCUUUGGGAUAUGUAUUCCGAGUAUAUCCACAUCACCAUCAGACCAUUUUAUUGGUAAACUACAUGGUAAUGUAAAUUUUAUAUUUUUUAGUGAUCCAAUACGUAAUAUAGUACAUUUGUCAUAAUUUGGUUGUAAUCCAGAGAGGUUAGUAAAUGUAUCUAGAUCCUCUAUGAGGCUGUGGAGGGGUUCUAGUUGUGGAUUUAAAAGAAAACAUAAAUCAUCAGUGUACACCUUUGUUUUUAAGCCCUGGAUUUCUAAUCCUCUGAUAUUAUUAUUGGAUCUGAUUUUAAUAGCUAACAUCUCGAUGGCCACAAUAAAUAGAUAUGCCGAUAGUGGACAACCUUGUUUCACUCCUCUUGACAGUUUAAAACUAUCUGAGAAAUAGCCAUUAUUUACUAUUUUACACCUAGGGUUACUAUACAUGAUUUUGACCCAUUUUAUAAGAGAUUCUCCAAAAUUGAAAUGCUCCAGGCAUUUAUAUAUAAACCCCAGUCGAACUUUAUCAAAUGCCUUUUCGAAGUCUGCUAUGAAUAGCAGGCCUGGUUUCCCAUAUUUUCCAUAGUGUUCUAUUGUUUCCAAUACUUGCCUUAUAUUAUCUCCAAUGUAUCUUCCAUGUAAAAAACCUGUCUGAUUAGAAUGAAUAAUAUCCGACAAUACCUUUUUAAUUCUAUGCAUCACAACACUGAAGUGUAAGGGGCCUCCAAUUUUGUAAAUGGACUGGAUCUUUAUAUUUUCCACUUGUAUCCUGUUUCAGUAAUAAUGAGAUCAGACCUUCUUCUUGAGUGUCAGAUAAUCUAACAUUUACAUAGCAGUGGUUAAAACAUGCUAAUAACGGUCCUCUUAGUAUAUCAAAAAAGGUUUGGUAUACCUCGACUGGUAUGCCAUCCAGCCCUGGAGUUUUCCCAGACUUAAAGUCUUUAAUUGCAUCCAGAAGUUCCUCCUCUGUAAUUUCACCUUCACAUUAGUCUUUCUGUGUGGCUGUUAAUUUGACAUUAUCAAUAGAAAAAAAAUAUCUACAAUUAGCUUCAGUUAGAGGAGAUGGAGGUGACUGAAAAGAAAACAUAUGCUUAAAGUACUUUGUUUCUUCCUUCAAAAUAUCAUUUGGUGAAUUAUGGGUGACUCUGUCAAUUGUAACCAGUUUCAUUAAGUUCUUUUUUGUAGCAUUCCUAUGUUGAAGAUUAAAAAAUAUUUUUGUGCAUUUUUCCCCAUAUUCCAUCCAGUUUGCUUUAUUUUUAUAAUAUAUUACACUUGAUCUUUCUUGAAUAAGUUUCUCCAUUUCUUUUUGUUUUUCCUCUAAUUUAUUCUGAGCUCUAUGUUACAGUUUUUAUUGCCAUCUAUCUGUUCUGUUAGACUUUCUAUUUCCUUUCUUAGUAUAAACUCUUUUGACCUAAAUUGCUUUUGUUUUCGAGAUGAGUACUGAAUUGCAUGGCCUCUAAAGGCACAUUUAAAGGUGUCCCAUACAGUAAGGGGAUUCGCUGUACCUAUGUUAUGUUGGAAAAAGUCAGUUUUAUAAAUUCCUUUGUUCUAAUUAUAAAUAAAUUAUCAUCCAAUAGGCUUUGAUUAAAUUUACAAUAUCCUCGCCCACGUGGAAAUUCAGUAAGAGUAAUGUAUAUAUGCCUAUUAUAUGAUGGUCCGACCGCAUUCUGUCCCCUAUCAACACUUUUUUUUAAACUUUUGGUGCCAACGAGAAUGAGAUAAGAAAGAAGUCAAGACGACUAGCUUGAUUCAGUCUCCGCCAUGUAUAUCUCACUAGAUCAGUAUGUUUAAGCCUCCACAUAUCUACUAGUUCUAAUGUAUCCAUGACAUUCACAAUUUCCUUAAGAGCAUGUGGGUGAUUGUUUGUGGUGUGAUUUCCUUUACGGUCCAUUGAGCUAUUUAAAACAGUAUUAUAAUCCCCCACCAUAACAAUAUUGUCUUGAAUUGCUUGCAGGCUUGAUAAUUUAUUAUAUAUAUUGUCAAAGAAUUGUGGAUCAUCAUUAUUUGGUCCGUAAAGGUUAAUGAGCCAUAUCUGUUUAUGGUCCAAUAACAUAUUUAAAAUAAUCCAUCUACCUUGCGUAUCUAUUUUGACAAUUUGCACAUUCGGAUCGAAAUUACUAUUAAUUAAUAUCAUCACCCCUUUUGAAUUUCUUUGCCCAUGGGAAAAGCCCAUUGUUUUCUAAUUCUUUGUGGAUCUGUGUAAUCUGAGGGAAAUAUGUAUCUGUAAUAUGGUCAUACAUUUGGCAGGAGGUUAGGAAGUGCAGCCCAGUUUCCACCUCAUUUUGUGGCAGUGUGCACAUAGCCUGUCUUCUCUUGAGAGCCAGGUCUGCCUACGGCGGCCUUUUUCAAUAGCAAGGCUAUGCUCACAGAGUCUGUACAUAGUCAAAGCUUUCCUUAAGUUUGGGUCAGUCACAGUGGUCAGGCAUUCUGCCACUGUGUACUCUAUGUUUAGGGCCAAAUAGCAUUCUAGUUUGCUCUGUUUUUUUGUUAAUUCUUUCCAAUGUGUCAAGUAAUUAUAUUUUAGUUUUCUCAUGAUUUGGUUGGGUCUAUUUGUGUUGUUGUUCUGGGGCUCUGUGGGGUCUGUUUGUGUUUGUGAACAGAGCCCCAUGACCAGCUUGCUUAGGGGACUCUUCUACAGGUUAAUUUAUCUGUAGGCUAUGGCUUUUUUAUGGAAGGUUUGGGAAUCGCUUCCGUUUAGUUGGUUGUAGAAUUUAGUGGCUCUUUUCUGGAUUUUGAUCAUUAGAGGGUAUCAGCCUAAUAAUAAUAAUAAUAAUAAUAAUAUGCCAUUUAGCAGACGCUUUUAUCCAAAGCGACUUACAGUCAUGCGUGCAUACAUUUUUGUGUAUGGGUGGUCCCGGGGAUCGAACCCACUACCUUGGCGUUACAAGCGCCGUGCUCUACCAGCUGAGCUACAGAGGACCACAGCCUAAUUCUGCUCUGCAUGCAUUAUUUGGUGUUUUACGUUGUACACAGAGGAUAUUUUUGCAGAAUUCUGCAUGCAGUCUCAAUUUUGUGUAGUGCGAUGGUUGGGGAGAAAGCCAAUUUGACAUUUACUUAUUAGAUUUUUUUUCUUGAAGAAAGGUUUGAAUUCUUGAAUUCAAAAUGCAACAGAAAACCUUUCUCAAGUUGCUGUUUACGCAAAUUCCCCUGUAAUUAUUGGGGUUUGAUUUGUCUCCACUUUUGUGGAUAGGGGAGAUGAGCCUCACAGACAUCAGGAAAGCAGCCAGAAGUUAGUACCAUGUUGAACAAUUGAAGCAUAGCAUUUUGCAACUCAGGUGUGCUGUUUUUCAGCAUAUUUUUUCUGAUGUUAUCUAGAGCACAACCCUUCUUUUAAUUUAGUUCUUGUUGGGUUAUCGGCUAAUCUAAUGGAUUUUGGUUGUUUUUAAUGACUGAUUCAAGGAUGUUCGAUUUUGAAUUUCUAAUUGGGUAUGUUGAAAGUCUUUUUGAGGGAUGUUUCUGUAUAGAUUAUGAAAUUAAGUUUUCCAAAUUCCUUCAUUCUGUAUGGCUAAUUCUUGUGGCUUUGUCAUGCUUAAAUUGUUCUCUGACUCUCUCUCUCUCUCUUUCUCUCUUUCUCUCUUUCUAUCUUUCUCUCGUUCUCUCUUUCUCUCUCUCGCUCUCUUUCUCUCUCUCCCUCUCUCUCUCUCCUCUCUCUCUGUUUCUCUCUCUCAGCCUCCUUCUAUCGUCACAUCUCAACCACUCAGGACGAGGUCUCUGCCAUGCUGGGCAGUGUCAAGCUACAGCUGGUCUUCGGCGACAUCAUCCGUGAGACCACUGAUGUCAUCGUCAACACCACAGACUUCUCAGCCAACCACUCAGGUAGCACUGGUUGUCCUCCAAUGUGGUUUUGAUUAGUCAUCACUGUUGUGUGUGUUUGUUUGUUCUGUUCUGUUCUCUGUUUCCCCUCACGUCCCCUUAUCUUCCUGUAGGUGUCUCCAAAGCUAUUCUGACUGCUGCAGGUUCCACAGUCCAAGCAGAGUUAGCACAAGGUUUGUUUUACAGUGUUUCCAUACACAAUCAUAUUAACACAAUCACAAACUCUCAGAGCAAUCCUUUCACACAAGUCAGAAAGUAAUCAUUUGACGAAGUCAAAUCUUUUUCACUAAGACGUAGACACAUUGAAAAAUCACUUCACAUAUCACUUUAUCAGCUUAUUCUUCACUUAUCAGUGGAGGCUGGUGGGAGGAGCGAUAGAAGGUCGGGCUCAUUGUAAUUGCUGGAAUGGAAUAAAUGUGACGGUAUCAAACACAUAAAACAUAAGAAACCCUUGAUUCAAUUCCAGCCAUUACAACGAACCCGUCCUCCUAUAGCUCCUCCCACCAGCCACCACUGUCACUCAUAUGUCUAUAAUUGAACACUAUGUGCCAACCAGUGGAGGCUGCUGAGGGGAGGACGGCUCAUAAUAAUGGCUGGAAUGGAGUCAAUGGAAUGGUAUUAAACACAUCAAAAAAGUGGUUUCCAUGUGGUUGAUACCAUUCCAUUGACUCCUUUCCAGACGUUAUUAUGAGCAGACUCUCCCAUCAACAGCCCUCCCAUCAACAGUCCUCCCCUCAACUGUCCUCCCCUCAACUGUCCUCCCCUCAGCAGGCCUCCCCUCAGCAGUCCUCCCCUAAGCAGUCCUCCCCUCAGCAGCCUCCCCUUAGCAAACUCCCCUCAGCAGCCUCCCCUCAGCAGUCCUCCCCUCAGCAGUCCUCCCCUCAGCAGUCCUCCCCUCAGCAGUCUCCCCUCAGCAGCCUCCCCUCAGUAGUCUCCCCUCAGCUGUCAUCCCCUCAGCAGUCUCCCCUCAGCUGUCCUCCCUUCAGCAGUCCUCCCCUCAGCAGUCCUCCCCUCAGCAGUCCUCCCCUCAGCUGUCCUCCCCUCAGCAGCCUCCCCUCAGCAGUCCUUCCCUCAUCAGUCCUUCCCUCAGCAGUCUCCACUCAGCAGUCUCCCCUCAGUAGUCCUCCCCUAAGCAGUCCUCCCCUAAGCUGUCCUCCCCUCAGCAGUCUCCCCUCAGCUGUCCUCCCCUCAGCUGUCCUCCCCUUAGCUGUCCUCCCCUCAGCUGUCCUCCCAUCAGCAGUCCUCCCCUCAACUGUACUCCCCUCAGCAGUCCUCCCUUCAGCAGUCCUCCCCUCAGCAGUCCUCCCUUCAGCUGUCCUCCCCUCAGCUGUCCUUCCCUCAGCAGUCUCCACUCAGCAGUCUCCCCUCAGCAGUCCUCCCCCCAGCUGUCCUCCCCUCAGCUGUCCUCCCCUCAGCAGUCUCCCCUCAGCUGUCCUCCCCUCAGCAAACUUCCCCUCAGCUGUCCUCCCCUCAGCAGUCCACCCCUCGGCUGUCCUCCCCUCAGCUGUCCUCCCCUCAGCAGUCCUCCCCUCAGCUGUCCUCCCAUCAGCAGCCUCCACUUCUUUUUUUAUUCUCCUCUCCAUCAGUGGGUGUGCCAGCAGACUGGAUGUGCACCACAGGGCCCGGUGCACUGGGCUGCAAGGAGAUCGUUCACGUCUGCUUUAAAUGCGACACACAGCGGAUCAACAAGGUCUGCGGGAAGAUACUGAAACAGUGUGAGAGAAAGGGCCUCCGAUCUGCAGCCUUCCCUGCAAUCAACACUGGUAUGUACAGUAUGUCCCAUUUUUUUGUGAAAUGCAAUACGGACUCCCUUAAUUUGCUCUUUUAUCAACCCUCUGCCAUACCAAUUUGUGUUCAAUAUUUUUAUUGUGCGCAUUUAUUAGUCUUAAAUGCCGUAGGUCACAAUUGAGUUAAUAUCAAAACAAAUACUGAGGAACAAGUUUUCAUUAGUGACACCAGCAUCUAUAAUCUGUAAUUUACUGGUUAGAUGAUAUUAUAGACAUUAAAAAACACGUAUUUGCUGUACAGGUGCUGCUCGAGCAGACGCUGGCUCUAUGUGUAAGGCCAUGUUGGACGGCUUUGCAUCAAGGGUGAGGGAUUUGUCCCCCAACAUCCUCUCUGUCAUCCGCAUUGUCAUGCUGCAGAGACCCGUCUUCCAGGCAUUCAAGUCAGUCUCCAUUUUUAUUGUCUGAAAUGGUGGGGUCUUUUGUGUGUCUUGGUUUAAAUCAGCGCUGCCCAACCCUGUUCCUGAAGAGCUAGGCUGCAGUCCAAACAUGUUAAUGUUACCCUCCUCAGCCCUCGCGCUAGCCACUUUCCCUCGUCGAAACCGGAUGCAGUUUGAUUGCCAUCUUAAGUGGAGGUCCAAUUCACAAACGUAGCCCCCUCGGCCCUCGAUUUAGCUCGACGGAGCGAGUGAAGAACUUUGGUCACUUGUGUGGUUGAUAUGACCCACAAUUCAAUCACAAAUUAUAUCAACACGGCUGCAUUUUCGGCAUGUGAGACAAAAUUAUGAUGCUAGCUUGAAAAAAGCUAUAUGACAUUGAUUUUAGCGUUGGCAAAUGGGAAAUACGUUAAAAUUGGCUUAGUCUCGUAGUGAGGAGCCUAUAAAACGUAGCUAGCUUCAUAAACAUAUUUUGGGAAUUCUGAAAUUGAUUGGAAUAAAUUACCAAAACUAUAUAACUAGCUAGCCAGCUAUGGGUAACUGUAGCUAGCCACCCGACAGAAGUGCUAGCUAGCUACGUUAGCUUCCUAGGUACAUUAAUAGCUUUAGGUUGGUAGUUUUUAAGCUGAACUUCAAGAUUUCUACCAAGGACAUUGCCUCCGAUCAUCACUCUCCCUCGCUUGGGCAAGGGACAUUUAAGAUGCACUGGGAUGUGAAGAUGGGCUGAGGGUUUAGGGCCGAGGGCGGUCUACUUUGCGUUUGGACUGCAAGCCUUACUAUGCUGUAGGUUUAGAGUGGAACCCUUAUGUAGAACACCUGAUUCUAAUAAUUACCGGGUUGAUAAGCUGAAUCAGGUUAGUUACAACUGGGGUUGGAGCGAAAACUUACAGGAGGGUGGCUCUCCAGGAACAGGGUUGGGCAACCCAAGUUUAAAUGUUAUGAUACGUUUAUUUGUGUGUAGUUUGCUUCACUUAUAUAAUUAGUUUUUGUUAUCUAAUCAGAGGUUAUUUAUCAGUGUUAGUUAUGAUGUCUGGAUGUUGUUAAGCUUUGGACAGGACAUUUUAUUUAUGUUUUUGUUUGUUUACAGGUCAGAGCUGGAGAGCCGACUGGGAACUAUCGCCCCAACCCCAACACUGAAAGGUAUCUGUGUGUGUGUGUGUGUGUACUUGUGUAUGUACAAAUUAUCUUUAUAUUAUUGGAUAUGUAGAUAUAACUUGGGCCCAGAGUUUUACCUGGAAAACUUUGGGUCCUAGUUAUAACAUUUAUCUUUAUACGCUCUUUCUUAACUCUCCUCUAUUUAUCUCCUCAGAGAGGGCCCAACGGAUACUGAAGAAGAAACUUAAUAUUGGCUUUUCCUCCCCCGCACAUGGCUGCCUUCCUCCUUCCUCUGCCCAAGCAGGCCUCACCAUCACCCCCUGGAGACCGCCCCCGGCGGUGCUGAGCGUGGUGGGGAGUGGGGUGGACGCUAUAAGGGGGGCCAGGCGGGAGCUGGAUGCCAUCCUGCAGAAUCAGCUGACUCAGAGAGAGGUGAAGGGAGAGGACCUGUGCGUGCUGGAAGAGGUGGAGCUGCAGGCCGUGCAGAAGAAAGCGAAGGCCCUGGGAGUGAGCCUGGAGCUGGGUAGAAUUCAGAGGGCAGGAGGAGUGGAGGCUUGGGCUGGAGCUGGAGGUGGAGGUGGAGCUGCGGCUGGGGAGGGGUUUUAUGUUCUCCAAGGCCUGACGGAGGACGUUCUGAGCGUGCGCGAGGUGCUUGACAGUGCGCUCAGUGGCGCCCUCCGUAGGGAGCUGAAUGAGAGAAAUGAGGCUGUAGUGGCCCUCAGUGUCCAGUGGUCUAUGUGCAGGCAUAGUGACAUUUGGGAGGAGCUGGGGAUGCAUGCCAACUACCUUCUGGAGCAGGCACACCUGAGAGGAGAAGUCUCAGCAGAGCUCGAAGUCCCAGAUGGGAGCAAAGUCAAGGUGAACCUGAAGAACAAUGUGGCCACUGACUGGAGAACGGGUCACACCUUAAAGUUGAAGCGAGAGGAGAGUGCAAGUACGGAUAGAUUUGUUUUAUUUUCAGCUUUUGAAUUUCUGACUUAGUUUUAUAAAAUUUAUAUUUUGGUCAUUUAGCGUAUGCUUUUAUCCAGAGCGACUUUACAGUCAGACAUUGAUUUGCAGUUAACAAUAACCCUUGAAUCCAUUAUGUCAACAGCCUAAUGACCCCUAGCCACUAUUGAUUUCACUAUUAUCUUUAACACCCGUUUAACAUUUUAAACAUCCUCUGAUAGUCCUGUUCAUGCCGUAAACUCAGCUUUAUAGUCCUGUGUACUUGAUGUGUUUUUAGAGUUGCCAUCGUACUGGGAUGAUAUGGCCGCCGGUGAAACGCUGAAGAGAGUGCUGCUCUUGCCUACCUCACCAGAGUACCAGGAGGUGGCACAGGGAUUCCAAAGCACCACAGCAGCACACGUCACCAUCCACAAAGUAACAGACCAACAACCUGACACGCCACAACCUGACACGCCACAACUUGACACGCCACAACCUGACACACAACCAGCUGCUUAUUAUGAAUAUAUCUGAUAGUAUAGUAAAUUAAAAUACAAAGACAUUACUGUUGUACAGUAUUGUAUAGUACACUGAAAAAAUAUAUAAACACAACAUGUAAAGUGUUGGUCCCAUGUUUCUUGAGCUGAAAUUAAAGAUCCCGGAAAUGUUCCAUACGCACAGAAAUUAUAUUUCUCUCAAAUGUUGUGCACAAAUUUGUUUACAUCCCUGUUAGUGAGCAUUUCUCCUUUGCCAAAAUAAUCCAUCCACCUGACAGGUGUGGCAUAUCAAGAAGCUGAUUAAACAGCAUGAUCAUUACACAGGUGCACCUUGUGCUGAGGACAGAAAAAGGCCACUCUAAAAUGUGCACUUUUGUCACACAACACAAUGCCACAGAUGUCUCAAGUUUUGAGGGAGUGUGCAAUUAGCAUGCUGUCUGCAGGAAUGUCCACCAGAGCUGUUGCUAGAGAAUUACAUGUUCAUUUCUCUACCGUAAGCCGCCUCCAACAUCGGUUUGCUAAUGUCAACUUUGUGAACAGAGUGCCCCAUAGUGGGGUUAUGGUAUGGGCAGACAUAACCUAUGGACAAUGAACACAAUUGCAUUUGAUCAAUGGCAAUUUGAAUGCACAGAGAUACCGUGACGAGAUCCUGAGGCCCAUUGUCGUGCCAUUCAUCCGCCUCAAACACCUCAUGUUUCAGCAUGAUAAUACAUGGCCCCAUGACACAAUGAUCUGUACACAAUUCCUGGAAGCUGAAAAGGUCCCAGUUCUUCCAUGGCCUGCAUACUCAUCAGACAUGUCACCCAUUGAGCGUGUUUGGGAUGCUCUGGAUCUACGUGUUUGACAGCAUGUUCCAGUUCCUGCCAAUAUCCAGAACUUCGCACAGCCUUUGAAGAGGAGUGGAACAACAUUCCACAGGCCACAAUCAACAGCCUGAUCAACUCUAUGCAAAGGAAAUGUGUCGCGCUGCAUGAGGCAAAUGGUGGUCACACCAGAUACUGACUGGUUUUCUGAUCCACGCCCCUACUUUCUUUUCUCAAUGUAUCUGUGACCAACAGAUGCAUAUCUGUAUUCCCAGUCAUGUGAAAUCCAUAGAUUAGGGCCUAAUUUAUUUAUUUAAAUUAACUCAUUUCGUGAUAUGAACUUUAACUCAGGAAAAUCGAUGCAAUUGUUGCAUGUUGCGUUUUAUAUUUUUGUUCAGUGUUAAUGAAAGUACCAAUACUGUAGUGUUGUACACGGUUGUGUUUAAGGUGUUGAUUUAUUCUUGAAACUUUGUCUCUUUGUCAGAUCGAGCGUGUGCAGAAUGUAUUUCUGUGGCAGGCGUACGCAUUGUGUGAGCAGCGCAUCCGGGCCAAGAACGGACCAGCAGAGGUGGGGCUAAAGAAACUCUACCACGGGACGGCAGCAACAACCUGUGAUGCCAUUGAAAGUAAUGGAUUUGACAGGAGCUAUGCUAAUAGUAAGGGCUAUUACAAUGCUAUUACAUGCUAUUCCAAUGCUAUUCCAAUGCUAUUCCAGUGCUAUUCCAAUGCUUUUACAUGCUAUACAUGCUAUUCCAAUGCUAUGACAUGCUAUUACAUACUAUUCCAAUGCUAUUACACGCUAUUCCAAUGCUAUUACAUGCUAUACAUGCUAUUACACGCUAUUACAAUGCUAUGACAUGCUAUUACAUACUAUUCCAAUGCUAUUACAUGCUAUUCCAAUGCUAUUACACGCUAUUCCAAUGCUAUGACAUGCUAUUAGAUACUAUUCCAAUGCUAUUACAUGCUAUUCCAUUGCUAUUCCACGCUAUUCCAAUGCUAUUACACGCUAUUACAUGCUAUUCCAAUGCCGCCAUUUAUUCAUGUACUUUUACUUACUUAAAUGUUUAUUAAUUAAUUCAUUCAUUCUCUCCGCUUCAUCAAUUUCCUUCCCUCUGUCUUCCUCUUUUAGUUACAGCAUAUGGAGUGGGCGUGUAUUUUGCUGUGAAAGCAAGCUAUUCAUCCAAUCCCAGAUAUACCCCUCCUGAUGGUUCUGGGCACAGGCAUAUGUACGUUGCACGUGUCCUGACUGGGCGCUAUACCCUGGGUGACCCCUCCAUGAAGUUUACCCCUCGUCGCUCCCCCACAGAUCCCACUGACCGCUAUGACAGUCUAGUGGACAACCAGCAGACACCCAGCAUGUUUGUCAUCUUCCACGACGACCAAGCGUACCCAGAGUACCUCAUCACCUUCGUAUAA